UCUGUCUGAAGUUUCUCAAAAUAACCAGAUCAAAGUAAUCCUUAGAGCAAUGAGGCACAUUUUGGGGUGGUAUAUUCUGAUCUCCCACAGGUGAAUUUUUGGCUGGCACAUUUUCAUGUCUUAAAACACAUACAAAAUGUUUUAAAAACAGAGAACAGUUUAAGCUAGAAAUUUUCAUUGCCUACUUAACAUAAAAAGCAUCAAACAUUCAAUAUUUGAGAGCAGAAUGGUUUUCAUUCAUUUUUGGACUAGCUAAAUAUAGUUUCUUGCAUAUAUGUUUAUGCUAGGUUCUGUUGGACACAUUUACUAAUAAUCAAUAAAAUUACACUAAAUAUGGAGAAAUUGAGUUAUAAAUUCCUUGUAAAAUACAUUUACUUGUUUACACAGCACUGGAGAGCAUGGAAGGAUAUUAUUAUAGAGACAAUGUUUCUGUGGAAGAAUUUCAAGCCCAGAUAAAUGCAGCCUCAUUGGAAAAGGUCAAACAAUAUAACCAGAAGCUCAGGGCAUUCUACUUGGACAAGUCAAAUUCACCGCCAAACUCCACAUCCAAAGCAGCCUAUAUAGAUAAGCUGAUGAGGCCUCUCAAUGCUCUGGAUGAACUGUACCGACUGGUGUCCUCGUUUAUCAGAUCCAAGCGCACAGCUGCCUGUGCGAACACGGCCUGCAGCGCCUCUGGAGUUGGCCUGCUGUCCGUCUCCUCGGAGCUGUGCAGCAGGCUGGGAGGCUGCCACAUCAUCAUGUGCAGCAGCGGCGUCCACCGGUGCACCCUAAGCGUGACACUGGAGCAAGCCAUCAUUCUGGCCAGAAGCCAUGGACUGCCUCCCCGAUACAUUAUGCAGGCUACAGACGUGAUGCGGAAGCAAGGAGCCAGAGUUCAGAACACAGCAAAGAACCUGGGAGUCAGAGACCGAACCCCUCAGUCUGCCCCAAGGCUGUACAAGCUGUGCGAGCCGCCUCCCCCAGCUGGAGAAGAGUGAAAAGGAUUCUCAAGGAACCCGGCAGCCAGAAGCUUCUUGGUGCUGGACUAGACAAACUGCAGGCUGGUUAAACUUUCUCCGCUGAAGAUAAAGACUUUUAUUUUUUUCUCUAAAUCUUUCACCCGGGUGUAAAUAACUGGUGUUCAGUUUGUACUUGGAUACACAUAUUUAUGCUGGGAAUGGAUAGUUCAUUGAUUCAGAUGCUUCAGCUUCACAGACUGAUCUCCUUAGGUAUUGAUAGCAAAUACCCAUCGUUAGGGCAAAAUCCAUCCUUGGAACUUACAGAAAAAAAUAUCAAAGAUUAAAAAAUUGACCAAUGUGCCUCCCCUUCUGCUCUUUAAAAUUAUUUUAUCAUGUUUGGUUUCCUCUUCCCCAAGUGGGCACCUGUAAUAAUGCACAGUACCACUUGAGGAAGCGUGGCCACACUUUGAAAAUCCUCCUGAAAAAGCAUUAAGGACAGUACAGACCCAGUGGCAUAGAUCUUCAAACACCACCUGCAUCAGCGACAGUCAUUUCUGUGUGACAGAUGAGAAAGCUGAACCCCUUCUCUGAGGGCUUAUUUCUGAGUAAAGGAAGAGAAGUGAUUGAGGUAAAUUUCCCUCCAGCUGUUUUUGAGUCUACUUUAUGCUCAUGGACAAUGCCCACCACCCUGUGCUGUCCCUGGUCUCUGCAGUGGGCCUGGUUUCCUUGGGCUGGGUGCUAUGCCAUUGGUGGCCCUGGGUACCAGGGAGGGACAGGGAGGAGGACCAGGGUACAGAGGAGAAAAGGAAACUCAUUUAAAAACUCAACCUUUAACCUAGAUAACUAAAACUCUUAAUUUUAUGAAGGCUGUGAUAUGAAAUGUCAGAUUCUUAAAAAAGAAUACGCUAUCGUGAGAAUUUUUCUAUCAGAGUAUGUGUAUAACAUAUGAAAGUAAAGCUUUAUUUGUACUUUAAUAGGACUACUGGGGACCUUAAUAAUUUUAUAGAACCACAGGUGUAUUCUAGCCUCAUUCGAAAGUGUAUGUAAUGCUAUCACUUCUAUGUUGAUACAAUAACGUUUUUAGUAUAGUGAAUACAGUAAUACUGAUUUUAAAUCCAUAAUUUUCAAAACCAUUAAAACAAUCUUAUUAGGAUAAUUGUAUGGAUUUAGACUCGCAUGUGAAAUGCU